AAAUUUAAUAAAAGGAAAAUCCACAAAAGAAGCUCAAAUAAAUCGAUUCUCCAAGUCCAAGCACACAAGUCCAGAGUUUGCAUAUUAUCAACAGCAUUUGCAACUCGGAUUUGAACUUGUAAUAAUUCCAGCCAAGCAAGAAGGCCACCAGCAGCAGCAGCAGCAGCAUAACCGAUUUCCUACUUCUCCAAUCAAAAGAAUCGAAAUAAAAGCAAGCAACUAUGGGAAACGUAUUCGCCAAUCUGUUUAAAGGCCUCUUUGGCAAAAAGGAAAUGAGGAUAUUGAUGGUCGGUUUGGAUGCCGCUGGUAAAACCACAAUUCUGUACAAACUCAAAUUAGGCGAAAUUGUUACAACGAUACCUACCAUUGGUUUCAAUGUGGAGACUGUAGAAUACAAGAAUAUUAGCUUUACAGUGUGGGAUGUGGGCGGCCAAGACAAAAUUCGUCCAUUGUGGAGGCAUUACUUCCAGAAUACACAAGGUCUUAUCUUCGUCGUUGACAGCAAUGACCGAGAGCGUAUCGGUGAGGCGAGAGAGGAAUUGAUGCGCAUGCUGGCGGAGGACGAGCUUCGAGAUGCAGUCUUACUAAUAUUCGCCAACAAACAGGAUCUGCCAAAUGCAAUGAAUGCGGCUGAAAUUACCGACAAGCUCGGUUUGCACUCACUCAGAAACCGCAACUGGUACAUUCAAGCGACGUGUGCAACUAGCGGCGAUGGACUCUACGAGGGACUCGACUGGUUGUCCAAUCAGCUGAAGAAUGCUAAUCGCUAAUUAAACAUACACUAAAACUACAACCACAACAACAAAAAACAACAACAGCAACAACAUAAAUACACACUAACUUUGAUUUCAAGCAAAGCAAAAACAGAAGCAGAAAACAACCAUCAGAAACACCAACAGACAGACAAAACAGACACAGGAAAACGGCGGAAAUCCUAUCCUCAUCAAGAAGGAACAACAACAACAGCAACAACAACAACAGCAGCAACAACAACAACAGCAGCAAC